AUGAUCAUCACCCAGUCUCAGCGCGUGGCUGACUCGCCAACAGCUGUCCGACUGCAUUACCCCCAGGCAGAAGGCACAGGUCAGGUCGUAGACCCUGGCAAGGUCCUCGUGUCUUUCCUCUUCUCUCCGAUCAACCCACAAGACUUGUUGGUCAUUGCGGGUCGAUAUCCCGUCAAGCCAUCUUACACCCACGACGGCGAGCCCAUUCUAGGGUACGAUGGCGUCGCGCGUGUCGAGGCUGUAGGAGCUGAAUCCUCGUCCCCAAAGUCCCCGACCUCAGCGCUACGGCCCGGCGAUCUCGUCAUCCCGCGCCGCCAUGGACUAGGAACGUGGCGGAGUCAGGCUGUCCUCAACUCUGUCGAUGUCAUCCGCCUUUCACCUACAGACGAUCUCAUCGGCGCGUCACUCCUUCGGAUGGCUUUCCUACCUGCCUACCUUCUCGUCGAGGACAUGAGAACACUGAAACCUGGGGACUGGAUUGUACAGAAUGUAGGAUCUGGGACCAUUGCGCGAUUGGUCGCUCAAUUUGCGCGCAUCAAGGGAGUCCAUACAGUCAGCAUCGUCCGCGAUCGCAGUGCGGAGGCUUUGGAAUCCCUGAAGGCUGAGUUGUUGAAAGAGGGGACUGGAGCCGUUGUCACUGAGUCCGACCUUGAAGAACGAGGUGCCGACGCGCACCCUGCUCUUGCCGACGCAGCGGGCCGCAACCGCGUGGUCCUAGCCAUCGAUGGCGUCUUUGGGGAACCUGGAGAGCGCCUCGCGUCUUUGCUCUCACAGGGAGGGACUUAUGUUAACUACGGGUCCCUUGGCGGGGCAGAUGGGGUUGUGCGUCUGUCGCAACGCCUCUUGUUCUGGUCCGAGAUCAAGUUCCGCAACUUUCGUCUUUCCGAGCAGCUCAAUCAGCGUACACCAGCGCAACUGGAGUCUCUCCUGCUUUGGUUCCAGGUUCUCCUGACUCGGGGAGCUCUAGUGACACCCAAGGUGCAGGUACUUCAAGUCCCGGUGUCGGCCGAGGGGGGAAAUGACCUUGAGCGGAGCAUCAAUGUUGCCGUCUCUCUUAGUCCUGGGGCUGGGGUCGGAAAUGUGAAGCGCGUACUUGGGUUUACCCAUGCUUAG